AUGACUGCAGCAACCACAAACAUUAUUAAUAAUGAAAAUAAUUGGCUUAAUCCACAAGGCAGUAAUGUUCAUCAACAAAUAGUUGAUGAUAAUUAUGACAACCAAAAUCGGACAAGAAAAGUAUCUUCAAGUUUAUUAGUAAUUGUUGAAUCACAACAAGAUUUGGAACCUGUUGCCCCACCCCCUUGUAGAGUAUUUAAGUUUGAUGGCCCUGCAGAUGGAGGCGGGGGAAGAAGAAUUGUGGAUAUUGGGAUUGAUGAAGAGGAAUUGGUAAGUGAAUGAAGAUUUUUUGAAAAAGAUGGAGUUUUUGGGGAAGUAAUAUGGAAAUGCGAGAUUUGAGGGGGGAAAAUUACAAAUAAAUACAAAAGU